GCAACUGGCUUGACGUGAGUCGAGUUUGCUUUGUGUUAAUGAGCAGACGUGAUAAUCUUUUGUGAAGUUUAUUUAAUUCUUAAAAGUUAAAUAUGACCGAAGAAAUCAAAUUAUUUACCAGGGACGAAUUAAAGUGUCGCAACUCUCGGGAAGACGCGAUUCUUAUCAUCCACAAUGGUGUGUACGACGUAACCAAGUUUCUCGACGAGCAUCCUGGAGGGGAGGAGGUCCUGCUCGAGUUGGCUGGACAGGACGCCACGGAGCCUUUCGAAGACGUCAGCCACAGUUCCGACGCAAGAUCGCUGAUGACCAAGUACAAGAUCGGCGAGCUGGUGGAAGCGGACCGCACGCAGACCAAGGCGGCGUUCUCCCCGCAGUGGAGCAACGACCAGCAGCAGGAGCAGGGCAACUCGUGGAGUUCUUGGAUGGUGCCGCUGCUGCUGGGGGUGGCCGCAACGGUGCUGUACCGGUACCUCUUCUUGUAGUGGUGGCCCGCGAGCGACGCGAGGUCAGAUCCGCUCCCGACCUUUUAUUCACGGACUUCAGUGUAUAGCAUAACUACGGAAGGAAACCGAACACCUUCAGUGAACAAACGUGGCCAGCUUUACACUUAGUUUAAGAUUUGCAUGCUCGCAUUCGUGGAGUCGGUUUCGAGUAUAGAAACAUUGUAACGUCAAAGAAAAAUGGACCUAAUUACCUCGGUUUAGAGUCGCAAAUUCUGUAAUCCUGCUUUUAAUUUUGCUUAAAGUGCUAGCCGUAGCAGAGUGGACGAAUUUGAAAUUUAAAACAAGACAUAAACUCCAUUUUACUCUGACGUUACCGACCUCCGAUUAGAAAUAAUCUUAUACUAAGUGUACUGGUAACCAGUGCAAACCUUACAAAACCUGCAGCGAACAUACCUACGACCGGUUGGCCAUCUGUCAGAAAUAAACGAAAUACUUCGAUAUAC